GAACAACGAUCUACUGGCGUUCCGCGGCACAGUCGAAUGAUGGUGGUGUAGUGAUAUGUUUGCGAAGCUCGCAAUUCACGUUUUGCACUUCAUCUCAAUUUGCACGCUACAAUUUUGAAAUAAGCAAAGGCCACUGGCGGUCCAAAGACCUCCACAUGGGUCUUGCGGAGAGCCUUUUGGCGUUGCCAAAUGUGUAGCGAGAUGUACAUUUCCAUGGGAAACAUGGAUAUGCAUCUAGAACGCACCUACCGUAUUACUAGCAUACGAGGCUCUACCACUUGCUGGACGCGUUUGUUUGAAUCCUCUGAUGAGCGCACGACUCACGCUCCAUGCUUCGGGAAAUGGUGUCCGAAGCCUCAACCGCAAGGGAUCGCACACAUACACUCGCCGUCCUCCCCUAGAUACAGCCCAGCAUGGUUGAAUGAUGAGGGUGUCGGAACCCGAGACGGGCUUAUGUCCUUCUUCAUCAUGCUCACGUGCCGCUGCUCUGCGUGAUUGGAUAUUUCGCGUGGUGUGCUAGGGCUUCGAGACUGUGCGGGUCGUUGCAAGCCACAGGGGUCAAUCUU